UGGCAGGACAACCUACCCCCGAAACUACGCAUCAACUCAAUUCCCGCGGAUCGUUUGGUUCGGUUCAAAAGUGAGCAAGAUCAGGAUCAUUUCCGAUUACUGGAUCACGAUGGGGACUACCUCCUCAUUGGAGCAAAAAACACCGUGUACAACGUUUCGGCUUCGACUUUACAAGUCCGUCGGAAAAUUGAAUGGAAUUCCUCGGAGUCCGACAUCAAAAUGUGUCGGCUCAAGGGCAAGGAUGAAGCCGCCUGUCACAAUUACAUCCGAGUGAUCGCCAAGAAAGCUCACGAUCGAGUCCUGAUUUGCGGAACUAACGCUUACAAGCCAAAAUGCAGAGACUAUGUUCUGGUGCCGAGCGGUAGAGACGGCCAUCAAAAUGCCGAGUUUAGCCUCACAGAAGAAAAACCCGGGGAGGGUUUAUGUCCCUACGACCCGAACCACAACUCGACAUUUACGUUUGCCGCACCACUCGGCUAUCGAACAGACGGUGACCUGUACGUAGGAACAGUGGGUCAGUUUUCCGGCGCGGAUCCCCUGAUCUACCGGAAACCACUCCGCACCGAGCAGUUUGACUUGAAGCAUCUCAAUGCUCCACAAUUCGUUUCUUCGAUGCAUAUUGGAUCGCACGUAUACUUCUUCUUCCGGGAAAGCGCGGUGGAAUUUAUCAAUUGUGGAAAAGCUAUAUAUUCUCGAGUAGCACGCGUUUGCACCAACGACCAGGGAGGUCCGCACAAAUUCAAGGAGAGGUUCACCUCGUUCUUGAAAGCCCGUCUCAAUUGCUCGAUUCCGGGUGACAUGCCGUUUUAUUUCAACGAGCUCCAAUCGACGAGUCCUAUCGUCGAUGGUUCGUACAAUGGCGAGCGGGCUCGACUCAUUUACUCGGUGCUCACCACCGGCACGAACUCGAUGUCUGGUUCUGCAGUGUGCGCCUUCCGGGUCGACGACAUCGAUAGAGUAUUCCACGGACCUUUCAAGGGUCAAGAAGAGAAAAACUCCAAUUGGCUGCCGGUCAUCAACUCCAAGGUUCCUGAGCCCCGACCGGGUCAAUGUGUAAACAACAGCAAAUCGCUACCGGACGUAACCCUCAACUUCAUCACGAAUCAUCCCCUCAUGGACCAGGCUGUACCGUCCUACUUCGGUCGACCGAUCGUUGUUCACACCGGAUUCAAUUACCGAUACACUUACAUCGCUGUCGACGCUCAGGUCGAAGGCGUGAACGGCAAGAUGUACGACGUUCUCUUUAUUGGUACCGAUCACGGCCACGUGGUCAAGGUGGUCAACGUUGCGUCUCUCCGCAAAGAACACGAGGGUCCGAUCGUCGUAGAAGACGUACAGGUGUUCCCGCUCGUGGGACAGACUCAGACACCGGUGCCAGUCACCAACCUGAUCGUCCAACGUUCUCCCUAUGAGCAGAAAUUGAUUGUGGUGAGCAAUAGUGAAAUCCAAGGAAUUCCUCUGUUCCACUGCCACCGAGCGAAGACCUGUUUCGAUUGCGUUCGACUCCAAGAUCCGUACUGUGCGUGGUCGAAUGAAGAACGAAAAUGCACACAUAAUUGGCGGAGGGAUCGCGACAACAGCGUUCAGAGCAUCGAGGAGGGUCUCGACAAGAGAUGUGGUCCUCCACCGAAUUCCGGUGCGAUCGUCGUGAACCAGGCCGAAACCGGGAAAGAUUUGGAUGGUUUCGAAUGGAAAAGCGAGUCCGAAAGGAAUCCGAACAUGAUUCAGACGGCUGGUACAUUUUUCUCAUCAUCCCGAGUGUAUUCCGCGGAGACCCUCGCUAUUUCUGUGACCACAUCGAUUGUCACGUCUCUCGUCCUCGGCUUCAUCGGUGGAUAUAUUUUCGCGAGACGCUGCAAAAAUGAAAUGGACAUGGACAGCGGUCCCGAGGACUACACGAGGUACGUCGACAUUCAGAGGAUGAACGGACUCAUGGCCCCUGAUCUGGGCAUGGGAACCUAUGGACACCAUGAACUCAGUUACGCACUGCCGCCAGUUGGAGGACCUCGGCCGAUAAAUUUAGUGCUAAACAAGAACGGCAAGCCCACGAACCAUUUGUCGAAUCCAAAUGCUGUACAAAUGAACAACAUGGCCGCGCAUCACCAGGCCACCCUUGAGAACAAGACCACCUUGCAGAAGGUAAAGAAGAUCUACCUAUAGCCCACCCCUCCCAUCCCGCAGCCCAUGUCUCCGAUCUACGCUGAUCCAGACAACGUUGAGAGAUACGCCUGAGUCCACCGAGUGAUCCACUUCCGACGUUGGGAAGACUUUCGUUCGUGAGAGUCUUUCGGGACGACUCUUCCCGAAGCCGACCAGACCAAGGUUGCAGAGACUGUCGCACGGAAGGUUUCGGGAGAGCGAAUGGAAGAUCAGAGCGUAC